GUUAAAAUGAUCCUCCUAGCGCAAAUCCUUUUCAAUCUGAUCAGUGUUUGGGGAUGGACUAACCAGCUUGGGACUGUAGCUUGUGACCAGGUUGGAAUCAACCCAAGAUGAUGAAUCCUGAAGAUGUGUCAACCUCUACCGUGCCCCAUUCUUCCAAGAGCUCAAUGAGUUUGAAUGAAGACCUCUAGUGAGGGGUGAGAAGAGCUGACAAAUCAGAACUGAGGAUGAUUGUUACGGAGCCCCAUGAGGAACACCUGAUGCUGGGCUGACUUCUCUCUCCUAUCUGCUCUCCAGUCCAAACUGUUCCGUUAUGGAAGCACCAUCGGCCCUCACGGAUAGAUAGAAGCCGGCUAUAAAGGGAUUAUUUUGGCUGCCGAACACAGGAGGCACGCUGUGCCACGAGGGUCCACCUGGAGGCAGACCCCUCUUCCCUGAACAGUGGAAAAGGACUUUGGCACAAAGGGCUUUGGCACAAGGUCCUGCGUGUUGGAACACUUCUUGAAGGAAUUUACCCUGUUGGACAGGGGAUUUUGGACUGUUUUGCCAUGUGUCAAAUCAGCUUGCCAUCCGCUCCAAAUGACCUCUACUCGUGGUAUACAUCACACCAAAAAUAAAGCGUGGAACGACAGUCUCCCUUGACAGGAGAGAACGAAAAUAUGCCCGACAACGCCAUUCCACCCCUGAUGCUUUUGCCUAAAGUAAAAAUGCGUUGGAGUGGAGUACUCCCAGUUUUCAUCCUACCCUCUUUGCCUCUUUUUUCUCUACUCCUUUAUACUCUCAUAUCUUCCUCGGUGGCUGUUGUUAGUUUGCCGGGAUUAGACUAUGACUAUGGAGCCCAGCCAAAGUUUGUUUGUACCCCGAUUCCAGCGGAUGCAGACCCCAGCUGCUUCACACCAGGCGGGUCAGCACACGGACCUGCCCACGACAGACCCAGCAGUAAUGGGCAUCAUGGACCUGCUGCAGGGGCGCCCAAUGGUAACGGCAGGAGGUCGAUGGGAAUGGGGAUAGGAAUAUCAGACGAGGCCAAAUCCACCAUCCUGCACCUUCGCGAGAGCCUGGUGCGGCAAAAGGAGACCAUCUUAGACCAGCGGGAGACGAUCAGGGAACUGACUGCCAAGCUGACCCUCUGUGAGGGCUUUGGCCGGGGGGUGGGUCAUCACGAUGACCAUCACGACAACCACCAUGGAUCCCCGCGUCUCAACACCCAUCACCCGAGCUCGCACCACACCUACCAUGAUGCUGACCACCACGGGGAUCCACACUACCCACUGAACAAUGGACAUCGAUCGGACCCACACCACCGAGGGAAGGACAACGCUGGGAGCAAGCAUGGGGCCUUCUCCCCUGAGAAAACUAGGAAAACGCUACAGACACUCAAGGAGAGGCUGGAGAACUUGCAGGCCAGGAAUUCCUCCAGCUCUUAUUCAAGCUCACUGAGAGACCUCCUGCAACGCAAAAUCAAUGCACUUGAGAAGCAGCUCAACAAUCACUACGGUGGGCAUCAUGAUUAUGGUCACCAUGACGACCACCAUGAUGACCACCAUGACGACCACCACGAUGACCACCAUGACGACCACCACGAUGACCAUCAUGACGACCACCACGAAGACCAACAUGGACCCGACCACCAUCAUGAUGAUCGACACGAUGACCACCACGAUGACCACCAUGGACCCAGUCACCACGACGAUCACCAUGAUGACCACCACGAGACCCGCACCCCCACCCCCACCCACCACAACAACCGCCACAACAACCGUCAAAACAGUCGCCAUGACCGACACUAUGACCGCCAUUAUGAUCGUAGCCAUGGUCGCCAUGACACCCACCAUAACGACCACAAUGGCGAACACCAUGAUGACCAUCACAACGACCGUCAUGGUGAACACCAUGAUGACCAUCAUGACCUUCACCACGAUGACCACCAUGAUGAUCUUCACGAUGACCACCAUGAUGACCACCAUGGAAACGGUCACAGUGACGAUGGUCACCAUGGCAACGACGACCAUGGCCAUCAUCCUCGUCCAUCCUAUAACAGCAAGCCGCCGGCUCCAAGACCUCUUGGCCGUGGACACAACAAGCUUGAAACUGUGCUGAGCCACCUUAACCACAGGAACACUGACCCUGGUACCCGGAAAAAGCCAAAUAGUCCGGAUGCUUUCCAGAUUGGCUUCCCUAUGCGCACUAACUACAUAUAUGGAAAAAUAAAGAGGACCCUGCUCAACGAAAUCUUCGCCCUCACUGUCUGCCUCUGGAUAAAAGGGGGAUCAGGGCCUGGCCUCGGCACUCCCUUCUCCUACUCUGUACCGGGACAGGCCAACGAACUGGUUCUGAUCGAAUGGGGCAACAACCCCAUGGAACUACUGGUCAACGACAAGGCGGUGACAUUGCCCAUGGCAAUGACGGAUGGGAAGUGGCAACAUCUGUGCGUGACAUGGUCGACACACGAUGGGCAUUGGGAGGCCUUCCAGGACGGUGUAAAAAGGGGAUCUGGAGAGAAUCUAUCUGCAUGGCAUCCCAUCAAGCCUGGUGGAGUCUUUAUUCUGGGCCAGGAACAGGACGCCCUAGGUGGCCGAUUUGACGCCACUCAGUCCUUCGUGGGCGAAAUGUCAGACCUCCAGUUGUGGUCCCGCGUUCUCACGCCCAAUGAAAUCUACAGCCAGGCUUCCUGUGGAGGUCACAUGGCCGGUGACCUCAUCACCUGGACAGAGGCAGUGGUUGAGCUUCACGGUGGGGUCACCAAAUACCCCUUCGACCCCUGCCACUAAGCACUACCCCACUCUGCCUCAUUAAAAAUGUCUGAUCACCAAGCCCAUGAUGUCAGUCAACCAGCUGUACGGUGUGGCAGCAAGGGCUCUGUGCCCUACGCUGCAGAGACAUUCUGCUAUUUUUGCCAUCCAUUUCCUCUCUGUUCUGCCUUCCCCCUCGCUGGGCCGAGGAACUGAGAGGACUUUAAAAGAGCAACGGCUGGAUAUAACCGAAUGGUCAUGACUACAGCUGCUCCCGAGAUCCAGUACAGGAAAUAGGAUUCCCUGUCUCUAGAUGGGUCCAUCCAUGUAUGCCCCGGCCUUAGCAAAGCCCUUCAUCAGUCAGGUGUUCAAAGAAUCAGAACCUUUUUUUCUGGGACGUAUUACGCCUGGAUAUGGUUCACAAUAGUCCAGGUGUUAUUUGUUCGUCUUUCUGUUUUUGACUGGUGAGCAGGAUGAUACCAGUGAUGAAAAGGAAAGCACUGAGGUAGAAUGCUCAUAAACCAACUUUGGACAGUAUGGAAUGAACAACCUAAAGGCACUGAAAACAGAGCCCUGCAGAUGGCAAGUGUAUGAGUUGGAAGACAUUGAUAAAGAUUUGAUGGAUGAAUGUGAGGGAUUACGUAGUAUUUUUUUGAACAUGAAGAUGGGAGGAGCUCCUCUAGGGAUGUUGUUUUGAGACUUUUAGCCUGUCCCGACUCUACCAGAGAUUUUAGAGGCCUGUUUUCUACUACUGAGUUGUACACACAUGCAACUGAUCAACAUUCCACUGGAUUUUUCACAGGAACGUAGCUCUACAAAUAGCUGAUGGUGCUCUGCUUUUGGUUAAAGGAGUUUGCGUUGUCUGUUUGCGGAAACAUAUUUUUGUAAGUACGUGUGUUUUAAUAAAAGGUUAAAAAGGUGGACAUUUUGUAAGCUGGAAUGUCUGUUUUAACACAGCAAAACUUGUGGGUUUGGUUUCGACGUAUUUCUAUGAGUGUGUCUGAAAUGGCUGCCAGGUUUAAUGCAACAGCAGAGUUGACAUUGUCAAGUCUGACUUGUGGACAGGUGCCCGCAUAAAUACAGGUUAACUGGCUGUCAAGAGUUCUAAGGUAAUGCUGACAUCUCCAUGGUAACCUGUGGCUUACAGUGGGAUUUACCUGACAAGUAGAGCUCUGACCCAGAUCCAGACUAUUUCCGUGCUGUCAGUAGCAUACACAUGCUCUCAAAAUAGGCUAAAUUCACACAUGCACUCACAUGCACUCACAUGCACUCACAUGCACUCACAACAGCUUGGAAACAAAAAUGUAAUGCUGUAAUGCUCUAAAAAAUCUGUUGCUUUUUAUUAGUUGGGUCUUGUGUUUUUAAUGCAUGUAAAAUACUUAUACAAAUCUGAAAAAUAUAGCCUAUGUAUUGAAUAUCAACUGUGAAAUUGCAUAAACAAAUACACACCAUUACAUUUUUGGUAAGUAUAACUUAUUGUACACAACACAUCCUUUCCUUAUCUAUCCUUUCAGUGUAUAUGUCCAUCCCUUAUCUGUCUGUACAGCAUACAAAUGAGGAAUGUAUUUUAUUAGUUC